UCGGAAUAUUAGUCACAACAAAAUCUCAUAGUCUAAUCUUUAAUCCCAUUUAUAGACACUGUAUACUGUCUGCAAUUGCGACCCGGCAAUUAAACGGAAUAUGCUUAAUACUAAUGCGGGGUGGGGGGUCUUUUUAGCUGCCGAAUAUAACACAGAUUGAUAAGACGAACGAGCAGCGACGUCAUCAAACAGCCGCGCAGCGCAUUGACUUCGCAAAGGCGAAGCGUCCUGACCUUGUGGUCAAAACGAGACCAACAAGUGGCUAACAGCCUGAGAGGGCAAAAGGGGGGUUCAAGAUUUAUUCUCCAUUUUGUCAACAACAAACGGCAACGACUCUCAUCUCUAACACGCACAGUAAUUGAUAAUCUGGCAGCACCGCAUUAGUGGAAGCGUCUCUCACAUAGUAUAGCUGGAAUGCAAGCAUCCGAAGCGCUUAUUUUAAAUUGAAUUCGAUUUAACGAACGAAAAACAAUGGCUCAACAGCAAUUUGAUAUUAAUAAACGUCUCAUGACAAUGCUAAAGAACGAAAUGCGAGCGGGUGAACAAAUGAAUGCGUGUGUCAAACAAACAACAAAAGUACGCAACAAUGUUGCGUCAGUUAAUGAAACAAUUGAGAAACAGAAGCGUGCAUAUGAAAAGAUUAACGCAAUAACACUCAAACGACGCAAAGAUCUGGAAGCGUGCGAGGCGCUAGUUGAAGCCGUCCAAGAACAAGUGACGGCGGCCAAGCAACGCAAUGAUGCUAUGCAAGAGCGUUUGGCGGAGAUGAGAAAAGAACACAAUCAGUACAGGGGAUGUGUACGAGUAUUAUGCGCGGCCACCAACAUAUUUAUGAAUGCUAGCGAAUUGCCUACCAAGAUCAAAGGGGUCACUGUUUCAGGCACCGGAGAUCAAUGGUUACCCUUCGAUGUGUCCACGAGCGAUUUAAAGGGCUUAAGCAUGCUGUGGAAUCGCAUUCAAUGCAAUAGCCCUUAUGCUGAUAAGUGGAACCAGCUACUACAAGUUGGGAAUCCAGAAAGCGAACGCCAAGAAAACGUCAAUGUUACAGCCUCAUCGAUAGUUGAGAUAGAUUUAACCUCGCCGCAGUCUCAGAGAUGAUUGGCAUAUUUUAUUUCCCGUAUUUAUUGUAUAUUACUAAUCUAACGAAAGUGCAAAGUAUAUAGUUCUAACUUGUUCUAGACAGAUGAGACAAUGUUUGAUUGAUUUCUAGAUAAAAAUAAAUCUAUUUUUAAGUAUAGGCUAGCAAUUAAUAUUAAAAACAUAGUAAUUAAAAUUGUCUUUUCCGGUCCUUAACAAUUCUAUACUAUACGUUAAUGUUGUUUACAUUUAUGUCAAGUAUUUCGAACUCUAGACGUUCGUUAAUUUGUUUUUAUAAUUCUUUAUUUUGCCAUAUAUAGCAUGCAGAUAGUGAAAGCGACAAUUGCUAUCGCACAGUGUGUGCCAGAAAAUCGGUCAAUCGACAAAUCGCAAAGAUCAGUAUUUGCUGAAGCUUCAAUUGUAACGCGUCGAAAAUGCUAACCGUAUUUCUUCUAGCAAUAUGUGCAUUCGCAUUUAUAUAUUUAUCCUACAAAUACGCCACUGAUCGUCCCAAAGGAUUUCCACCCGGUCCUCCGCGUAUACCUGGCUUUGGAAGCUAUUUAUUUCUAUUACUUAUCAAUUACAAAUAUCUGCACAAGGCAGCGUUAACAUUAAGCAAAUAAAAAAAAGUCAACG